AUGGUAGACUUCGAGACGGAUCGUCCAGAAAAUGUCGAGAAAACAUCCGAACAACCGCCAGGUGAUGACGGCGGCCCCGAUAUCUUUGAGAGGCGCGACUCAUUAGAAUCCGAACCAGAGCGCCCUUCAAAUGACGAGGCAAAUAUUGGAGCAUCGCCAGGUGAUGAGGUUAUGCUUGAACUUCCGGUAGAGCUGGCAAGCUUGAGUGAUAGAUUCGUCGAGUCUCUCAGUGCUAGAGUACAUACGCUCCCCCCCUCCAUCGAAAGAAUUUCGUCUUUGUUUCAAGAUUUCUACAUCAAGACCGACUCACACAUUGCUACGCAUAUCUCGACUCUUGCGUCGCGCAUCAAUCGAGAUGGCUUGCCUUCGAGAUCAAGUUCCACUACCACCACACAACAGAUGUUGACCGUUUCCGAGAUUGCAGAGAGACGAAAGGCACGCAAACAAUUACCAUUAAAACAGCUAGCAUUGGAAGAAACUGUCGAAAGACGAGUCUGCGAAAAGGUCUACGAUAAGAUAUGGCGUCACAAAAGUACCAUGGACGAAGUGAGAGAUGAGAAGCUACGCUCAAAAACGGCAGCUCUAUCGCUUUUGGGUAUGGGUUUGAGAGACCUGGGCAUCGAAGUACCUGAAGCAAAUGAAGAAAAAGAGAAGGAAGCAAAUACGAGACUUUCAGCAGCUGGUGAUGACUUGAAGAAGAUGAAUGACGCACAUUACCCGUUGGGCAAACUUCAACAUUUGAUCUCGGCACAUAAAGCAAUUGUAGAUGCAUUGACGACUCUUUUGGGAUCAUCGUCUUCUGCAGAUGAGAUUCUGCCUGCCCUGAUAUAUACAUUGAUCACAUCACCUCCGGAAGGCAUAAAUGUGAUCAGCAAUUUGUUGUUUAUUCAACGAUUCAGAUCUAUCAGUAAAAUCAACGGAGAGUCUGCCUACUGUUUGACCAAUCUGGAAGCUGCUAUCAGUUUCUUAGAGUCUGUGGAUCUCAGCAGUCUCAACACUGAAGCUCCCGCCGACGGACAGCCCCGAUUGCUCAAUGCAGCAACAACUCCCCCGGCUGAGCUUUCCAGUUCUGUACGUGCUCCAAGAUCAGGAAAAGUGACGCCUUCCGGCACGUUCCCACGAACACAGCUGUCUGCGCCAGCAGCCCAGCAACGGCGUUUGAGCAAUCUGUUUCAACCGCCUGCAAAGGUGUUAGGUGCUGCCAACGAUGCGGUCCGCAAUACCGCCGACCAAGGAUUGAAGAAUAUCAGCAAUACGCUAGACAACAGCUUCAAUUUCUUGUUUGGACGACUCAAAGAGAUGCAAAAUAAUCGUGGAGCAAACGAGCAAGCCCUAGUGCCGAAAACGCUAGAUGAAGCCCGACGUCUUGUGACGAGUCCAACGGUGCUUAAUGAGAGCGACUUGAGGAGUGAGGAGUCUGCUCUGACACCUGAUUCAAAAGAAGGAUACAUGCAGCGACCCACACUUCAGCCUGAGGACAUUCGAUACAGCGGAAAAGACGGUCGAAGUACUCCACGAGAUAGGAGUGCUGAUAGUGCUCGAAGCAGCGAAACCAGUGGCACCCAUAGAGCUAGUGCACUCCCCACAGGACGUCUCAACAAUACCUCCACACCAAGUCCAGGUGGCGGGAGCUCCUCCAUCUUCAGCUCUAGCCCAGUGACGACACCAUUAGAGUCCAUGAAGAACUUUGGAAAUAGCUUCAAUCCCCUCAGCCACAUCCCAGGUAUGAUCAGAGGAUUUGGCCGCAAUGUUCCGGAAACACCAUCCUCGACCGCUGCAACUGCAACUACCACCCCAAGCACCGUCGGCGGCACCAUGAUCCCUGAACGGCCAAGAUUGACGUCUUCAAGGAUAGAUGCAAGAUCCUCGCCGCUGACAACAUCAACAUCAACAAUACCAUUUCCCCCAGUGCAAUUAUCGCAAUCCGACCCACCGAUUAGACGAUUCCUUGAAGUUGAUGACCCGCAAGAUCUGCGCAUCGGUGAUAUUGCCGAGCUUCUGCAGGAUUAUAAGAGGCUUGCUGCUAUGGUUGUUGAUCGGGUUUCGAAGGAGUGA